AUGGUCCAAUCGUUAAACACUAAAGCCCUCUUGACUCUAGCCUCGGUGAUUCGAAGACCUUCACUCUUGGUUCCACAUGUUUCGCUAGAUAAUGUGUCGCAACUAAACUAUUCGGCACUGAAGGAGAGUUGCGGUGUUCGAGCAGUGGUCUUUGACAAGGACAAUACUCUGACGGCUCCCUAUGGAAUGGAGAUUCACCCAGAUGCUUCUAGAGGCUUGGAAGAUGCCAAGUCUGUCUUCGGUAGUGCCAAUGUGGCCAUCAUGAGCAAUUCUGCAGGUACUUUGGAUGAUCCUGAGUACGAAGAUGCCAUUCGCAUUGAAGAGGCCUUGGGAAUUGCAGUCAUUCGUCACAAUGAGAAGAAGCCUGGAGGUCUGGACGAAGUUUUGGGGCAUUUUCAAAUUGACGAUCCAGCGCAAUUGUGUAUGGUGGGGGAUCGAUUGCUGACGGAUAUCGUCUUUGGAAAUUUGUACGGCAUGCUGACGGUUCACACGCUCCCGUUAUGUUCGGGCGAGGAAAACAGUCAAGACAACAAAGUAGCAUCAGUCCUUCGGACGGUAGAGAACAAGGGGUUAUAUGGUAGUUGGUUUGGUGGUAGAUAUCUUUUGAACAAGAAGUUGGAGCACAAAUUCUGGCCAGGAGACUCUGAAUGCCCGCUCAAAACAUCUGAUGGAACACAGCAAUCAUAA